AUGAGCCACCUCGAGCCGCAGACAAACCAAAAGCAACGGGCAAGUUGGAUUGGAGUAAGGCCAAAUCUAAGGAGAGUAAAAAGCCCGAACCAGCUGUUACUCUCGACUCCAUACAGGCUAGUACGAUACAAAGGUAUUAUCGCACUUAAAUGUCAUAGACCUCAUUUUGAUUCGUCUCCAGCGGGGGAAAAAGCGAAAAUCUCCAAGUGCUUUGUUGUCAGAUUCGGAAGAAGAUGUCGAGCCCCCACAAGCAUCCAAACCCGCGGCUCAGAAUACUUUACGUGUGAAGAAAGGCAUGAUAAUGUCUGACGACGAAGACGAAGAUUUAAAUAUCCCAAAGCCAUCAAG